AUGUCUUCUUGUUAUAAUUCUAUUGCAACACCACUUAUUUCACCACCUCCUUCUCCUCCUGAUGAAUGUUCUACACAUUUUAUGACUGAUGACCAAAAAGUAUCGCUUAAUGGUGAGUCUCAAUCAGAAAGUUCAAACAAACUGGAUUUAACAAAAAUAGAAAUCACCAAUUAUGCGCCAGGAAGUCAACAUAGAUUCAGGAUGAGAGUAUGCGAUGUUCCAAAAGAACUUAUGGAUUUGAUUAAAGCUUCAGAAAAAAUUCCUCGUAACGUUUCUAAAGCUACUGCUGCGCUCACAACUGGAAAUUUAACCGCAAGCUCCGACAUCAUGGGUAGUACAAAGGAUACAGUUUCAAUAUGCCCCAACAAUGGUCGUGUGACUUCAACGCCUAACCAAACACAAUCCGCAAAUAUUGAUGAUAGGGGACCUAUUAAGAAUUUAAAUGAUAAACGUCGUAAAACUAGAAAGAAUCCUUAUCCUAUUAGAGCACCAUCAAAAUCAUCACCAGGAAUAACUUUAAAAGUGGAUGUUUUUACACCAUUUAAAGAAGAUCCUCAAGCGUUAUUACAUAGUGAUGAUCCACCAGCAUCAGAUCCAAGUACACCUUUAUUAUUUUCUGAUAUGUUUUCUUCAGCUGAUGAAACUUCUGAAUCAAGUUCACGUAAUAAUUCAAAAUCAUUAAAUAAAAGACAACGUAAUAAAAUUCGAAAUAAAACUAAAAGAUCUGUAACAGAACGUAAACGUAAAGGAAAUAGUCUUGCGAGAGUAAUGGCAGAUCGAGGACUUUUAGAAGCUACAUUUACACCAGUCGCAAAUGAAGGAGAAGCAAAAACUAUUCGUAUUCCACCACCACCACCAAUGCAAUUUGAAGAAUUAAUGGAAAAUAUAGAUCAAUUAGAUCUUGAUACAGAUUUACUUGAUCGUAUUAAUCCAAAAGUUAAUUGGAAAGGUCAACCACUUACAAUUUCACAUUUACCACAUUACAAUUCUUUACAUCCAAAAGAAGCACAUGUUGCAUCAACAUUACGUCUUACACCAGUUCAAUAUUUAACAUCUAAAAAUACAUUAGUUUCAUCAGCUCGAAGAUAUACACAAAAAUCACUUCCAUUUAGAAAGAGUGAUGCACAAAAACUUCUUCGAAUUGAUGUUAAUAAGGCUAGUAAACUUUGGGAAUUCUUUAUGCAAGUUAAAUGGAUUUAA